AUGGUAAAAUCCAUCGAGGUGACCCUCACCUCGUAUCAGACUGAGCCGGCAGCCAAGGCGUGCGGCAGAAUUCUGGUCAGCAAAGACAACCUACUCUUUCUGACCGGGGCCCUCGAAAGCGGCCGCUUGUGUAUCGUCGAGAAGAUUGACGGCGAUGGCUCGUCAGUACCGGUAAGGCGAGAGGCCAGCCUAUGGGCGUCUCCGGACCCGCUCAGAAGAAAUCUCGGCCGCGUGUCCAAGGUAUUUCGCGAAGCGUGCGGCUUUGGCUCGGCAGAAAAGUGUCGCAUCACGUUUGCAGCCGAGAACGGUCUCGACGCGGUGCCAGAAGCGGCCGAGGUCGUGGUAGAGGACGUGACGAAGCGGGAGGGUCUCGAGCCGGUUGCGUCUGACCCGGAGAAGCUUCCACUGUGGAUGGAGCACAUCGAGGAGCAGCUAGAUGCGGCAGAAGUCGUGUUUCCGGGAAUGAUACUUCGCGACGUCAAGCGCCGGCGGACGAGACGGGACUUUGCCGUCAAGACGGUGAACGGCGAGACCAACAAGCUGGCUCGGUUCUGCGUCGAUCAGACAAAAGUUCGCUUUCCGUCGCACUCGCUGGCGCUCCGGCCAGCCAGCAGCUCUGUCUCGGCAACCGGCUCGACAGCCAUGGUCAGGGCAGCACCACAGAGGCUGCAAGUCGACCCGAUCGUCGGGCUGGAGAGCACGGUGGAGCUGCUGAACGAAUUUCUGCUCUUCCUCGACCCGACCGGCGACCACCGGGUCCCGGGCGAGUCGUGCGCAGUGGUGCUGCAGGGCGACACGGGCACGGGCAAGACGAUGCUUCUGAAACGACUCGCGGCCUUGGACUGGGGCCGAGCAUACCACAUCCAACCGGGCGAGAAGCUGUCGGCGAUCCAGGACAUCUUCACAGAGGCGGCCGAGCAUAUGCCGAGCAUGAUUACGAUUGACAACAUCGAGAAGCUGCUGUCAGAGGAGCGGGCGAACCGGGCGGCCGUGAUCCAACUGCUGAGCAAGCUGCUGGACCAGCUCGCCCAGGCAGCAGUCACGGGCCCCCAGCUCGUUGUUAUUGUCACAUGCACAAACUACACGCGAGACAUCCCGGCCGAGCUGCGGCAACCCGGCCGGCUGGACGACUCGAUCACCAUUCCGUUCCCCGACACGGAAACGCGGCAGGCCAUUUUGCGGUCUUUUGACAUGCCGCUGCCACCAGCGAGCCACGACGCGAUGAUCCGCGAGCUCAGCCUCAAGACGCACGCCUUCAACGGCCACGAGCUGCGGAGCUUGUUCUACAAAGCCUCGAAAAAGAAGCGGGCCCGCAUCAAGGAAACAGGCGACAUGGCCCAGCAGUGUCUCAUAGACCAGGACUUUGACGUGGUCCUGCAGUCAGCAGUGCCCGCCCGGAUGGACGGGAUCAACAUCAAGCCGCGGCCGGUGUACUGGCACCAGAUCCACGGGCAGGCAGCGCUGGUGGAGGCGCUGCAGAGCGCGGUGGAUAUGCUGAACGAUCCGGAAGAGUACGCCAGUCUUUUAAAGUCCAGCCCGCGCGGCUUUUUGCUCUACGGGCCUCCCGGCUGCUCCAAGACGAUGACGGCACAGGCUCUGGCCACCGAGAGCGGGCUCAACUACUUUUCCGUCAAAGGUGGCGAGCUGCUGAACCAGUAUGUGGGCGAGUCGGAACGCGGCAUCCGCGAGCUGUUUGAGCGUGCCAAACGAGCUGCGCCGGCCGUCAUCUUCCUCGAUGAGAUUGACGCUGUUGCCGGCCGCCGCUCCGAUUUUGGCGACAAGAGCGCCUCAUCCAACCGUGGACCCCAGGUUGUGCCCGCCCUUUUGUCCGAGCUCGACGGUUUCGAGACGCUGUCCAAGGUCUUUGUCGUCGCCGCCACCAACCGCCCCGAAAGCCUCGAUCCCGCUCUCCUCCGACCCGGCCGUCUCGAGCGCCACUUUUACGUUCCCCCGCCCAACGAGCAGGCCCGCCGGGCCAUUCUCCAGACCUGGGCUCAGGGCAUGAGCGUCAGUCCCGAGUUCGACAUGGACCACCUCGCCCGCCUUACCGACAAGUUCUCCGGUGCUGAGCUCGUCGGCAUCUGUCACGAGGUCGGCCUCGCGGCCGUGAUGAAGAAGCAGAAAGAGCGGAAAGUCCGGCCAGACGCCGAGCCCGUCCUCCUGACCACCGAGAUGUUCGAGGACCAAAUCCGCAAGACCAAAAAGAUGAUCACAGCUCAGAUGCUCGACUUCUUCAGCACCUGGUCGGUUUCCUACUAG